AUGUGGAAACUCGUGUGCCUUCUCCAAAUCACAUUGGGACUUUACAUGUUCACCAUAAUCGUUAGCGGCCAAAUCGCCGGUUACACAGCUGGAAUUGAUUAUCCAAAUUAUUCAGAAGUGCCUGUUGGUGGCACAUUCUCAUGCCAAAAUAGACUUCCUGGAUAUUAUGCUGAUAUGGAAACGAGAUGUCAAGUGUGGCAUUGGUGUGUGCAUUCAGGACAUCAAUAUUCAUUCCUUUGUCCCAAUGGAACUGUUUUUAAUCAGGCAAAUUAA